AUGUACAUCACUGUACCAACCACAACCAGCAAGUGGAAGGAAAUUGCUACUGGUUUUGAAACAUACUGGCAAUUCCCUCAUUGUAUUGGUGCUUUGGAUGGGAAGCAUAUCGUAAUCCGUCCCCCACCCAAUAGUGGGUCUUAUUAUUUCAAUUAUAAACAUACUUUUAGUAUUGUGCUGCUAGCCUUGGUGGAUGCAGACUACAAGUUUACAUAUGUUAAUAUCGGAUGCAAUGGAAGAAACUCAAGUCUAUGUGCUGCUUUAGAAACCAAUAGCCUAAACGUUCCCUUACCGUUUCCUAUUUGUGAGGACGGCAUUCCUUUACCCUACAUGAUUGUGGCUGAUGAAGCCUUUCCUUUGAAGACCUACAUUCAGAAGCCAUAUGCUCAAAUUGGGUUAACAAAGGAAAAACGUAUAUUCAAUUAUUGUUUAAGCCGUGCGAGAAGAAUAGUUGAAAAUGCCUUUGGUAUACUAGCAAACCGCUUUCAAGUAUUUAUGACUCCUAUAAGAUUGUCCCCUGAUAAAGCUGAAACUAUUGUCAAGACAUGUUUAUCACCACCUGGAAGCGUUGAUGCAGAAGACACCACUACUUAUCGCACUAUACAAGGAUCAUGGCGUACUGAAAAACAGCCUACAGGAAUUAUCGACAUUGAAAGACAAGGUAGUAAUAACUACACAGCCAAGGCUAAAGAAAUAAGGGAUUAUCUAUGCGAGUAUUUCAACUCGGACAAGGGAGCAUUACCAUGGCAGGACAAAAUGAUUUAA